CACAUAUGAGAAAUAGCGCAACAUCUGAAUCCGAAGGUCAUAUGCGUCUGUUCUGUAGCUCUUUUGCACAUUGAUGUCUGAUGGUGAAUACCUUCCUGAUGGUUCUUUAAUUGACUUAGCUGGAGUAGACUGGAGAGACGAUAUAUUACCCUUUGAACUCAUUUUGGUCAAACCUAACUCACUUCCCGAUCCAGAACCCCAACCUCUUGGUACUCAGCGGUGUUCUGAAAUUCCGAAUUCCGAUAUUUUCGAUAACAUUCGUUGGAAUGAGCUUGAUCUAGAUAGCUUGCUUUCCCACCUUAAUCUUCCUCCAUCUGUGUAAUCAUUGUGUUUACCGGCUGUUAAUUUCGCUAAUAUGACAACAACGUGGUCAAAAUUAAUUUCCCGGGCUGAAAAGUUAAUUGGAGGUCCCUCACCAUAUAUUAAUUUAGGGAAUAUAUUAUCUUCUGAAGCUGGUUCUUUAGCAUCGCGAGCUCGACGACUGGCAGGAAAUGUUAACCAUCCAUUUUUCUCAACCGUGCGCUCAUGUCUUCGAGGCAGAUAUGUUAACAACUUAUUUUCUAUUUCCUCUGCUAUAUCAGAUCGUUUUUCAAAAUCUGUAACAUCUGAACGUCCCUCUGGUGGGCUGAUUAUACUUCUGGUUGGCCAGUCAUAUGCUAGUCCCACAAACUCAACAAAAUUGUGUGGUCAGCAUCGUAGUAUCUCGGAAAUAUUCGAGACUGUUCAUACUGCAGUAGCUAUUCAUAAAAGUUUAGUCAAUUUAAAUGAUUUGAAUCAAAACACCGAUGAUAAUGAAACAUGGUUGAAAAACAUGGAAAUCUGCAAUAAAUUGGCAACCUUAUCUGGAGAUGUUCUACUUGCAUCUGUCUCUACCAGCUUGGCUGGAUUGCAUCACGCUAAUGUUGUCGGUGUCGUGUCCGAAGCAAUUGGAAAUAUGAUGGAGGCUGAAUUUCACGAGUUAGCUACCAAUUUAAAUGUAUCAAAUACCAAUAAUUACAGUCAUCAUGUUGAAAGUAGUAUUGAUGUCAAUUCAACUAUAACGUCUAAUGAAAUAUAUGACCUAUCGAAAGAAAAAUGGCUUUCUUUUGUACAAUUAUCACGUGGUGCUCUUUUGGGAAGUUGUUGCGAAGCUGCUUUAAUUCUUACCAAAAACCAUAUAUCUAAUCUGUCUAUUACACCAACAAAUAAAAUAUAUCCAGAUUGGGAUAAUUUUUUCUCCAUUGCAAAUCAUUUUGGAUCAACAUGGGCUUGUUUAAUACGGUUGACUGAAGAGAGGGAACAUAUUCAGCGUACUUGGGAAAACGUUUUCCUAGUAUUCAAUACCUUUUUUAAUUUGUGUAUACAUUUACGCUGAAUGAUUUCAUUGUUGAGCUGUACAAUCGUAGUAUACGAACUUGUAAAUACUUAUUUCUUGAGGACAUAUGAACAAUUAAUAAACAGAAUGAUGCAAUAGAAAGGUUAUAAUACUAGAUUACGUAGUGUACACAAUAAAAUAUUGUGUGUAGGUAAAAAUCCUUGUGAGAUUAAUACGCUAACAACGGAUUAUGAUGUGAACGAUGUAAGAUAAUUAAAAAGAUUCGUAUACCGUAACCGGAGUUUGCUUUCAAAUUGGUUACGAGAACGUGUUCCAGUGUGGUUUCACAAAAAUGAGAGAAAAGCAGUUGGUAGUUCUAUUGCUGAACAUUCAAUCAAUUCUAGUCACUCCACUGAUUCAUUGAAUUAUUUUAAGAUGACGUACAGAAUUCGCUCAAAUCUACCAAGUUUUCUUCAUAUUCAACUCUUUAAAACAGCCGAAUCUCUUGUCGUUCACGAGAUGAAGCUAGAACUAUGAGUACAAAUAAAGUACGUCCUAUCUUUAUGAUGAUCAUGAACUUUUACCACUGUUAUCAUUAUAUUUCGUAUUUGGAAAUAUUCCCCUCUUUAAUUAUUCCCCAUGAUUUUAUUUGUAAUUGUUUCUGAUAUCACUUCAUUUUAUUCAACCUAUCUAUUACCUUUAAUUAUUGUGACAAGAACAUUUUAAUCACCUUACUCCAUUCACAUUAGAAUCCAUUGUUAACGUAUUAAUUUUAUAAGGACUUUUACCUGCACAUGCACGUAAUAUUUUAUUGCUAUUAUGUACACUACGUAAUUUAGUAUUAUAGCCUUUAUAUUACAUCAUCAUGUUUAUUC